AUUAUAAGAAUAAAGAAUGGCGGAGGCUGACGGGAUCAGCAAUGCCACCCCUACAGAGGAGAUGAAUGGGGCUGGAAAUCUGAUGGACUUCCUUGAUGAACCAAUUCCCGAUGUGGGCACGUAUGAGGAUUUUCACACCAUUGACUGGCUCAGAGAGAAAUCUAGAGAUACAGAUCGGCACAGGAAGAUCCGAAACAAGAGGAAGCAGUCUAUCUGGGAGUUUGUAAAGAGUCUGUUGGAUGCAUGGUCAGGAUGGGUAGUGAUGCUGCUCAUUGGCCUGCUGUCAGGCACACUGGCUGGAGUGAUCGAUCUGGCUGUAGACUGGAUGACGGACCUGAAAGAGGGAGUAUGUCUCUCUGCAUUUUGGUACAGCCAUGAGCAGUGCUGCUGGACUUCCAAUGAGACUACGUUUGCAGACAGAGACAAAUGUCCUCAAUGGCAAAAAUGGGCUGAGCUGAUGACAGGGACCACUGUGGGUGCUGGGGCGUAUUUAUUAAAUUACUUUCUGUAUGUGAUGUGGGCUUUGUGCUUCUCAUUUCUGGCUGUAUCUUUGGUUCGGGUGUUUGCUCCUUAUGCCUGUGGAUCAGGAAUACCUGAGAUUAAGACUAUUCUAAGUGGUUUUAUAAUCCGAGGUUACCUGGGAAAGUGGACGUUGCUGAUUAAGACGGUUACCCUGGUGUUGGUUGUGUCAUCCGGACUGAGCUUGGGGAAGGAGGGACCGCUGGUGCACGUGGCCUGCUGCUGCGGAAACCUCUUCUGCAGCCUGUUCUCAAAAUACAGCAAGAAUGAGGGCAAACGUAGAGAGGUUUUAUCAGCUGCAGCAGCUGCUGGUGUGUCUGUGGCCUUUGGCGCACCAAUAGGAGGAGUGCUUUUUAGCUUGGAGGAGGUGAGUUACUACUUCCCACUGAAGACACUGUGGCGCUCGUUCUUUGCUGCAUUGGUCGCUGCAUUCACUCUACGCUCCAUCAACCCAUUUGGAAACAACCGACUGGUGCUUUUCUACGUGGAGUACCACACACCAUGGUACAUGGCCGAGCUGGUACCCUUCAUCCUGCUUGGGGUGUUUGGGGGACUCUGGGGCACCUUGUUUAUCCGGGGCAACAUUGCGUGGUGCCACAGGAGGAAAACCACCCGAUUGGGAAAGUACCCUGUGCUGGAGGUAAUCGUAGUGACAGCAAUUACUGCCAUCCUGGCUUUUCCAAACCCGUACACACGUCGCAGUACCAGUGAGCUCAUCUCUGAGUUAUUUAACGACUGUGGUGCACUGGAGUCCUCCCAGCUUUGUGAUUACAUCAAUAACCCUAACAUGAGCCGCCCAGAGGAUGAUAUACCAGACAGGCCAGCUGGGCCGGGUGUCUACACUGCCCUCUGGCAGCUAGCACUGGCACUGAUAUUUAAGAUAGUCAUUACCAUCUUUACGUUCGGUAUGAAGAUUCCAUCAGGGUUGUUCAUCCCCAGUAUGGCAGUGGGUGCAAUUGCUGGCCGGAUUGUGGGCAUCGCAGUGGAACAGAUGGCCUACCACCACCAUGACUGGAUUAUAUUUAAGAAUUGGUGCCGUCCUGGUGCAGAUUGCGUCACCCCUGGCCUCUACGCCAUGGUUGGGGCUGCAGCAUGUCUUGGUGGAGUGACUCGGAUGACCGUGUCCUUGGUGGUCAUCAUGUUCGAGCUGACCGGUGGGUUAGAAUACAUUGUGCCCCUUAUGGCCGCUGCAGUCACCAGUAAGUGGGUGGCGGAUGCGUUCGGUAAGGAGAGCAUUUACGAGGCACAUAUUCGUCUGAACGGCUACCCAUAUCUGGAUCAGGAUGAAUUUACCCACCGCACGCUGGCCACAGAUGUGAUGCGACCUCGCAGGAACGAGCCACCGCUGUCUGUCCUGACGCAGGACAGCACCACUGUGGAGGAUGUGGAGACACUCAUUAAAGAGACUGAUUACAAUGGCUUCCCAGUGGUUGUCUCACGUGAAUCAGAGAGACUUAUCGGCUUUGUCCAGCGCAGAGACCUGACUCUGGCAAUCAAGAACGCACGACAGAAGCAGGACGGCGUAGUCAGUAAUUCGGUGGUAUACUUCACAGAGGACGCGCCUCAGCUGCCCGCUUCAAACCCCCAACCCCUGAAGCUGAGACGCAUCCUUAACCUCAGUCCCUUCACAGUCACAGAUCACACUCCCAUGGAGACAGUGGUGGACAUCUUCCGCAAGCUCGGCCUUCGCCAGUGCCUGGUCACUCGCAGUGGGAGGCUACUGGGGAUCAUCACCAAGAAAGACGUGCUUCGACACAUGGCCCAGAUGAUGAACCAGGACCCUGAGUCCAUCAUGUUCAACUAAACCUCUAACCAUCCAAAAUUCUACAUACUGAUCAUGUAUAUAGUGCAACACUACUGAGUAUUCACUUAUAACUUGAAUGCUGAGAAUAUUUUAAGGUGGUUGGGCUGGUAAAUUCAGUGAAAAAUAUUUGUUAGAAGUCUCAUAAGCUGUGAUGUUUGUCAUGUAAACCCAGUUUAUUUAUUGUUCUGAUGGUACCAGGCCUUUAAGACAAGCUAGAAAUACACAUCUCAUAAUCACAGUAGUAAGUUUAAGUGAAAGGUCUGGUUAUUUAAUUAUGAUGUGGUAAAGCUCACUCAGUUUAGAGUAACCACCAAUUCAGCUACUGGCCUUUAGCUUCUGGUCUUCAGAAGGUGGUACAGUCACUACUUUUAAACAAUUAAGCUGUAAUUCAUUAAAUUAUUUUAGUAAGCAGCUAGCUUAUAAUAAUCUGAUAAAAUCUGAUAAAAAUAAUUCAUUUUUUGUUUACAUUUGGGAUUGUGUGAUCAAUCAUGGUGUGUAUUUCUUGCUGUUUGGUUGGAUGCAUAUCCUAAUCCACUCUCAAGUGUUUUUUACUGUGUAAAUACUUAAUUAUAAUGGAAAAUAGUGCAUCAAAUUAUCCUGAUUUGAGCCAAGUAAUAAGUCACCACCAACAUAGCAGCACUGGUGAUGUUACUAAUCUGAGACAAUACUUAUUGUGCUGCAUGGUGUGUAAGGUCAGAAUAAAGUGGUGUGAUCUGCAUUUUUGAACAUGAACAUUUAAAAUUCAAACUCAGACUACUGGGUUACAUAAUUUUGGUAAUCUGAUUACUCAGAUACAAUCCAUCUGGCUUCUGGCAUCUUGGCUAAGACAAAUAAUUAAAUUGGAAAUAACUGCAGAAAUCAAGAAAUCAGAUUAUUAAUGCACAUGUAAAUGCACUCAGUGUUGUUCUGUGGUUUUAUGCCAGUAUGUGUCUUGGACCCCAGUACAAUAUCUGGGAUAUCUCACCUUGAGUAGAUUUGGUUAAAGUUCUUGGAUGAGUGGAGAAAUGUUCUCAUGAUUAAGCUAAUUGCCAAUACUCACUACUUCAAGAUACAUCAAAAGAUAGCAGCAUGUAUCCUUCUGUUCCUUAGGAUGAUCUAUAACUACAACUAAACUAAACUGGUUUUCCUUUCUUUUCAGUGUUUAUAAUGAUGAUUUCACUUGCACAUUAGCAUUACCAGUGUGGUAGGUGCAGAACAGCCAAGUAUUACCAUUUACACUAACAAUGUAAUGAUGUGAUCUGCUGCUGCACACUUUAUGUGUUACUACUGUAAAUCAUUAGUAUGUUUAGCUUUGAAAUGUUCUUUAUUUUAUGGGCGCUGAAACAAAUGGUUCUGGUACAGACCUCUAAAAAUACCUUAAUAUAUAUUCAGUUUUAUUUUGUGCUGCUGUUACUCUAGUUAUGUAGGAACUUUGAUUUGCACAGGCUGUACCCACAGAUUAAUUUAAACAUGAUAAAUAUUCAUUACAUUUAAUUGCACAUUAUUUAUAGGGAUGUUUGUAUUGUGAACUCAUUGCAAGCAUUGCAGCGUGCCAAUGUGGCGGGUCUGUUUAUGUUGAACUAUUAGCAUUAUGCUAAUAUUUAUUAAUUAAUUGUAAUUAUUUAUUUUGAUUCUUUAUGAAGAUUCCUUGUGUGUAACAUCAUUUUUGUAAUGUGGCAAGUUUAAGUUUUUUAAUGUACAAAUUUUGUAUUUGUGUUAAAUGGUGAAAGUUUUUAUUUCUACAUGUAUGCUAAUUACUGCUAAUGAACAAGUGAUCUAAUGCACCUUCAAUCAUUAAAUCAGUCAAUCAAAGUCUGUUUUUCAAGUUGUAAGUUUAACCUUUUAUAUAAUACUAUAAUAGAGAAUAGGUCUAAAACAAGAAUAAAACAGGUGUAUCAACCCAUUUAUAUCCUCAGCCCCAUUAG